ACUAAAUUGCCCAAAGCGGCUUGCAAAUUCCCAUUAAUGGUAAAGGUUGGUGGGUCCCUAUUUCUUUUCUCCUGCACAGCGCAAACAAGAAUAGCGCAAAUCCAUACACCCAUUGCCCAGCGGCAACAAAAAGCUUGGAUUUUGCUUCUCUCAUCCAUCUCUUUCAAAGGUUUCACUGCAUUUAAAGUCCCAUUGAUUGAGCAAUAAUUCCUCCAACUUCAACUUCUCAACUUCAACACUCCCAUUUCUCGGCUGGGUCACUCAAACCAUGGAGGUGGGUCAGAUGCAGAGACAGUGGGUCGACUGCAUGAAAUCCUUGUUCAUCGAGGGCUUCCUUGAUGCUCAGUUCUUACAACUCAAGCAACUACAAGACGAGGCCAACCCUGAAUUUGUUGUUGAAGUUGUGUCCCUCUUCUUUGAAGAUUCUGAGAGGCUUCUCACUGAUCUCACCAAUGCUCUAGAUCAGAAAGUAAUUGAUUUUAAAAAAGUUGAUGCUCAUGUUCACCAGUUGAAGGGUAGCAGCUCAAGCAUAGGCGCUCAAAGGGUCAAGAAUGCCUGCAUUGCUUUCCGCAGCUUUUGUGAGGAACAGAACGUAGAUGCGUGCUUGGGAUGCCUGCAACAAGUAAAGCAAGAGUACUGCCUUGCCAAAUCUAAACUCGAAACUCUGCUUGGGCUUGAGCAACAGAUUGUUGGAGCUGGCGGGUCAAUUCCUUUGAUGGAACUGAGUUUGUAAAGAGUGGAUGAAGUUGUAGAGAAAGCGUGUAAGAGUGUCUUAAUGAUCCUCGUUUUUCUUCUUCUUCUUCUUUGAAGAUUCUAUUGUAUGAGUUAUAGAGAAAGCUUGUAACUGUGAUUGUACGAGUUUCAACGAAGAGAGGAUUCCAUGCCCUGUAAUUUAAUCACUACUUGUCUGAACAGCUUAUAUGCGAACUCUUCCAAGAAAAUUUUGAUGAGAAAAGCCCUUGAAAAUAUAA